CUUCUUUUACUGCGCAAACAUAUUACAGACACACCCAUGUAACGACCAGAAAAUACCGCUGUUACAUGCUUCCUACUUUACAGCUUCACCGUCACCGUCCUCCCACAACAACACUCCGGUGAACCAGAAGAAGAGCACACAAUGGGGCUGUAAUGUCAGCGACGCCUGGGAUCGGAGCAUCUCCUCGCAACCGCCGAGACUGUGUAUGGAUUUAAUGAUGAUGAAGAAGAAGAAAUUCAAGUUCAGGGUGGAUUUUGAGCUGGACGAGCUGUCGUCGGUCCCCAUCGUAAACGGUGUCCUCUUCUGUAAAGUCAGGCUGCUGGAUGGCGGCUUCUCCGAGGAAUCUUCACGGGAGCCGGUGCAGGCCAACUGCGUCCGAUGGAGGAAGCGCUUCUCUUUUCCGUGCAAGAUGAGCGCCAGCGCAGGAACCGGCGUGCUGGACCCCUGCAUGUGUCGCGUCUCGGUCAGAAAGGAGCUCAAGGGUGGAAAAGCUUACGCAAAGCUCGGUUUUGCAGAUCUGAAUUUAGCAGAGUUUGCCGGCUCAGGAAACACAACUCGGAGGUGUCUGCUGGAAGGCUAUGAUACCAAAAAUACCCGGCAGGAUAACUCCAUUCUCAAGGUUAUCAUCGGUACGCAGCUCAUGUCAGGGGAUCCCUGUUUCAAAACGCCUCCAUCCACAGCCACGGUGAUUGGGAUCCAGAGUGAUGGAGAGAGCCUGCUGGAGGAAAGGAGGGGCGGAGACUCACAGAAAGGCUUUUCUGGUGAAAGCCGAGACGGAAAGUGUCCCGUCAUGUCAGACGAUCUGGGAGGCUGCGGCCACUCUCGGACCUCCAGCUACGCCAGCCAGCAGUCCAAACUCUCAGGCUACAGCACAGGUCACUCCCGCUCGUCCAGCAUGUCCGACUUCGGCCACCGGAGAAACCACUCCGUGGGCAGCGCGUCGACGGGAAUCGGAAGCAUCCCGGAGCCGAGCGAAGAGCGAGAGUCCAAACCCUGUCCGGCUCUGCCGGAGCAUCCGGUUCCCACGGCAACCACGGGAAACCCACCGGGCACACCGGUGCGCAGUUCCUCGUCCUGCGAGCGACUGAACAGACAUCCAAUAAAACAGGACUCCAUGGAGUCUCAGCUGAAGAGAAUGGAUGACACUCGGGUGGACGCUGAUGAUGUUGUGGAAAAGAUUUUACAAAGUCAAGAUUUCACACCGAGCUUACUGGACUCCAGUGCUGAAGAGGAAGGCUUGCGUCUGUUUGUUGGGCCGGGAGGAAGCACAGCCCUGGGAAGCCAUCAUCUGCCCACCAGGGUUGGCGCCGGAGCGUACGAACAGGUGGUGAUCAAGCGUUAGAUGAUGGGAUGACCCUGAUCACACUUUAAACAAAUGGUUUGGGUUUGUUUCUCAGUUCCCACAGCAAACACAACACCCCUUGUUAUCAGCACUGUGUCAUGCCUAAUCACUGAUUUCUGUCAUAACCAUAGCGCCCCCUUGUGUUCAUUUAAGCCACUGUAAUUCCCCAGAUACAUUCAGGAGAAAGAAGUGGUAAGAUAUCAUCUCAGAUAAAUGGAGAACUUAAAUAGUUGCUUAUCAAAUCACUCCAGGAAACUGAUAUAUCAUAUUUCAGUUGAAUGUUUUCACUCAGUUUGGGUGUUAGCAGAUCUACAUGUUUAUGCAUUUUUUUAUUACGUCAAUGAGGAGAUUAAUUUCUCUUUGAGCACCUUUAAAGUGAAACGUGUUUUCGAUACAUUCCUUUAGUCUGCUUGCUUUGGAUGAUAGGACUUUAUCUGGAAGAUUUGCCUGCAAGCAGCUGAAGAGCUGCACUGACAACUGUGUUUUCAAGGUGAAAAUAUUUUACUACAGAAACAUAAGAAGUAAGCUAUUUUAUGUGUGAAUGCAGACAAUGAGCGGGUGACGAUGUGUGAGACUCCUGUGUUGAAUGAAUGAAGGGAUUUUAUGUAAUUCAGUGUUGAGACUGUCAAAGACAAAAGAGCAAAACUUGAUUUGUUUACCAAAACUGCAUUUUUUAACUAGAUUUUUAGCCAUUAUUUUUUCCUCCUAAUCCAUCCAGAAAUUGAACAACCAAAUUUAUUUUAAAUUUAGCAACUUAUUAAUAAAAAUGUUCCCACUUUGCAUAAUUAAAUGAAACUGUAGGUAAAAAUAUGAGGAUUAAUAGCUUGAAUUAAUGUGCAUUUUUGCUUAAAAGCUGUGCUUCAUCGAUCCACAAUGACCUGCAGGUCAGGGAAAU